CCACAGCCAAAGUCCAGGAGCAUAUGUAGAACUUGAAGUCUAAAGAGAAGCACUCUUGAAAGGACAGCCCUUCAAGCAGAAGAAGAAUGGCGGAUCCAUCGGCGCCACCCUCAGCAGUGAGCAAUGGUAAAGUUGGAGAGAUUGCUGAGGACAAGGGACCUGAGAGCGUUGCCAAUCUGCGGCGCCAGGAUCUAUUGUCUGUCUCGCAUGGAAUGGAAGGAGAAAUGAGAGAAUGUGCCAGGGCAGUUGAUUUACUGGCAGGGGGGAAUGGCCGAGUGGAGGAGAACGCGUCUCCUUCCUCUCGUGAAGCAGCAGUGGAUUCGUCAAAACUGAAAGCGAGUGCAUCAAAACAGGAGCCUUCGUCCGCAGACCCUGCCACUAACCCCGCAUCGCAAUCUGCAUCUUCGCAAGGUUCUAGCAGGGUAAAAUUGUCUCCUGCAGCGGCUGAGUUUGUCCCCAUGUCCAGCAGAUCCUCGCCACAGGCUUCUGAUGUACCGUCCCAAUCGACCAAUGCGCAUGCGCCUGCAUCAGGGCGCCAGCAAAAGAAGCAGCGGGACAGGGCCCAGGGCAAUCCGCUGCAGACAAUCCAUGGCUUCUCCAGCGGUCCCAACAUAGCAAUGCAGGCCCCUGGGUUCACCCCUCCAGUCAGCAUGGGGCUGGGCCCGAUCCCCCAGCUUCCAACCAACGUGCCUUUGGCUGUGCAACAGCACCUAGCUCAGCAGUUCAUUUUGCAGCGGGAGGCCAUGAUGUUGAUGCAGCAGCAGCAGCAACAGGGGCUUCAUCCUCAGAUGCGGCCGCCACUCCUCCCCCCACAGAUGCCGCAACACUUUGGAAUGAUGCAAACACCGCAGCAGUUUCCAGGCAGGGGCCAGCCAUUCCCUGGUCCUAACCAGGGUCCCCAUCAACAGUUCCAGAGUCCGAAUCCAAUGUUCUCAGGGCCAAACCACCAGUUUCAGGGCCCCAACCGCCAGUUCCCUCCGGUGAUGCAUCAGGCGCCUUUCCAGAAUGAACAGUUCCGCCAGCCAAUGCCUGGCCCGCAGCAACAUACCAAUGAGCAGAUGCAGCAGUCUGCGGAUCAAAUGCAGGGACAGCCAUCCCAGUCACGGGCGGCAGCGCCGCCUGAAAUAAGCGAAGAGCUCCGGGAAAAGAUCGUAAAGCAGGUUGAAUUCUACUUGAGCGACCAGAACCUUCCAACAGACAACUUUUUGAUGAAGCUUGUCCGGAAAGAUCCUGAGGGCUGGGUGCCUAUCAAGACAAUAGGAGGUUUCAACAAGAUCAAGAGCCUGUCAAAGAAUCACGCAGUCAUUGCUCAAGCUGUCCGGUCUUCCCAACAGCUGGUGGUCAGCUCGGACGGCAAGAAGGUGCGCCGCGCACAGCCCCUCCCUGAUGUCAACCUCUUUGACAUUCAGAUGCGCACAGUGGUCGCUGAGAACCUCCCCUCCAACCCCACCAUCCAGGGCAUGGAGGCCCUCUUUUCUCAGGUCGGCAAGGUGAACAUGGUCCGUAUCUGCCACCCCGAGGGUGCCAACAGCGCCACGCAAUCGGCCCGCGACGCGCAGGCCAAGUUCAAGGACGGCCCCAGCCUGCUGGUGAGCACCCGGCAGCACGCGCUGAUCGAGAUGGAGUCGUUCGAACUAGCGGACCGGGCAUGUGCGGAGCUGACCGACCGGCAGAACUGGCGGUCGGGGCUGCAGGUGCGGCCGCUCGUGCGGCGGCAAGGGCUGCGGAAGGCCAGCGCGCCACGGGGGGACAGCGAGGGGGAGGGGACCGGGACCGAGGGAGAGGGGCACAAGGAGCGUAAGUUGCCAGUCCACCCGGACGGAGCGGCCCCUGGUCGGGGGAAGGGGCGGGGCCAGCAAGGCCAGCCAGCGAACGGACCCGGGACACAGAACCGGGACCCGUCCCCAGCCAGGGCAGCGCUGCCUAAGGGCCCCAGAAUGCCGGACGGAACCAAGGGGUUCGUUUUCGGCAGAGGGAGAACCGUCAACGCACUGGGGCGCUCUAUGAAGCCGAUUGGCGAGCCUCCUGCAGCGAGCGGCGUGGAAGCUGGGACACAGAACGAGGGGCAGAAAGAGGGUGCGGUUGAUGAUCUGACGGCGAAGGCUGCUGGGGUGAUAAAGAGCGAGAUAGUGAUCAACGAAGCAGGCGCUCGGCAAGCGGCCGAAAAAGCACAGGAAACUGAGGAGUCGGCAAAUGUGUCUGAGCAAAUUGCGAAUGCAAGCAAAGGUAGCAUAGCUGAAAACACAAGCAGUGCGGAUAUCGAGGCCACGGAUGAGGUGAAACCUUCCACUGCUAAAAUCGAGUCUAAGCCAGUUGCAGCAAGCGUAAGCGAGGCAGAGAAUGGCACUGCGUCAAAAUCAGUUCUACCGGACGGGUUGGAUUCUACAGCGUAGACAAGUGCGCCAGAUUGUGGUCUUGUUGUGAACAGCAGCACAAAAAUCCCGCUCAACAAGGAUUGAACGGAUUUGUUCAAGAGUCUAUGUCGUGAAGGAGGGUGGAGUACGGGACAGCUGAGCAACACAUGAACAUGCACGCCAGAUUGGAUACAUGUUUGCGGGUUGAACAUCGUUGGAACUUCACAAUGUUUAGCCGGGCCCGAGUAUUGCAAAGUGAUAUCGUCAAGUUCGUGAACGCGUUUGUGUAAGCCCAUGACCUCCAAGUAAGAGACAGUGGAUCCCGGUACGUAUAGCGAUAGUGAAGCUAGCCGUCCAAACGGCAGCUAGCCGGCUCGAAGACAGUUAUCUGCGCCGAAGUAUAGUUAUAGAUCUGCAUAUAUGCCUGCGCGUCCCUGCCAACGAUGAGGGUGCAUGCAGGAGAUCCGCCACAUGCCGCCAACGG